UCCCGUCCUCUCUCUUAGUUUGGGAAUCUCUUUGACAAGUAGAGCAUACUUUAGUUCAUUUUGACUUGAAUUGAGCUGUUGAUCACCAUAGAGUGCAUCAUCUACUCAUCUGAGACUAGUGAGGUGACAUCACCUCUGCACGGUCCCACAGCAAUCCACAGGGGCCACAGACACGACGCUGAUCCGGCAUCAGGACCUAAAGCACAGUUCUCCAGGCCAGCCGGGGGGAAAAAGGGCACAGUCAGCAGGGUAGAGAGGAGUAGAGAGAGGGAUAGAAAGAGAUAAUACACAUUCAGAUUAGUUGCAGUAUGGAAAUGGAAAGGCUGGGGAGAGGAGGAACCAAACCAAGCGCGGGCCCAAACACUCUCCUGAAAGUCGCCCUGGCAGUGUGUUUGUGUAUCUGUCUCUCACUAUUGAUUGCCGUCAUCACGGUGUCAAACAAAACAAACAAUGAAGAAUUCUGCCUUACCCCACACUGUAUUGAAGCAGCCGGCUCUAUUCUUAGUAAGAUGGACCAGUCUGUAGAACCAUGUGAUUACUUUUACCAGUACGCAUGCGGAGGCUGGCUACAGGAAAACCCCAUUCCAGAGGAUUCUUCUAGCUUUGGGAUUUACCCAUGGCUCCGACAGAAUGUGGACCUCAAACUGAAAGAGUUGUUAGAGCAGCAAAUCGAAGAUAAAGACAUUGAGGCAGUGAAGAAAGCCAAAAUCCUCUACAUUUCCUGCAUGAAUGAAACUGCCCUGGAGAUCGUAGAUGCAAAGCCUCUGCUAAAGAAUCUAAAGCAGAAAGAAUUCCGCUGGCCGGUUCUUGGGGACACGCUAGGUUCUUCCUCGCAGUGGGUGGAGUCUCAGUUUGACCUGCUGAAGACAUUAGCUGAGAUACGCAACCAGAACAGCAAGUCCGUCCUCAUACGUCUAUUUGUUUCUUAUGACGACAAGAACUCAAACAAGUACAUCAUCAAGCUGGAUCAGGCCUCUUUGUCGCUGUCAUCCAGAGAGGACUACAUCACUAAUACAACUGAGGCACAAAUGUAUCGAGAGGCUCUUUUUAGGUUGAUGGUGGAUGUUUCUGUCAUGUUGGGAGCCAAUGAGCAGGCUGCUGAAACUCAGAUGAAACAAGUACUUGAUUUUGAAAUGAAGCUUGCACAGAUAGUGAUACCAUUAGAAAACCGUACCAGUGAAAACAUGUACAACAAAAAAAGUUUGUCUAAACUGCAGCGCCUUAUUCCAGAGUUUAACUGGCUGGGUUUUGUCAGAGCAGUGAUUGACGCUGAGCUGUACCCAGAUAUGAAAAUCUCCUCUUCAGAGCAGGUGAUUGUACGUGCCCCUCAGUACUUGAAAGACCUCUUUAAACUCAUCAACUCCACAGAAACCAGGACGGUUGCCAAUUACGUCAUUUGGAGAUCAGUUUUCUCCCGAAUCACCACCAUGAGUCGACGCUUUCUCUACAGAUUCCUGGACUUUGCUCGGGUGACCACAGGCACAACUUCUUUGACUCCUCGCUGGGAUAAGUGUGUGAAUUAUGUAGAAAACACACUUAUCUAUGCCACUGGUAGGCUGUUUGUCGAUAAGCAUUUUCAGGAGGACAAGAAACACAUGAUGGAAGAACUUAUAGAUGGUGUUAAGUGGGCAUUUAUUGACAUGCUUGAGAAGGAGAAUGACUGGAUGGAUGAAGAAACAAAGCGAAAAGCAACAGAGAAGGCUCAUGCAGUCUUGGCGAAAGUGGGCUACCCAGAGUUUAUACUGAACGACACCUAUAUCAACGAGGACCUUAAACGGUUGUCAUUCAGCGAGACAGACUACUUUGGAAAUGUUAUGCAGACGCUAAAGUUCUUUGCUCAGUCUGACAUCGGCUGGCUGAGAAAAACAGUCCCACGCACAGAGUGGUUUACCAACCCGACUACAGUUAAUGCAUUCUACAGCUCUUCUACAAACCAGAUCAGAUUCCCUGCAGGGGAACUUCAAAAGCCAUUUUUCUGGGGACUGGACUACCCUCGAUCCCUAAGCUAUGGAGCGAUCGGUGUAAUUGUUGGCCAUGAACUGACCCAUGGCUUUGAUAACAAUGGUAGGAAGUACGACAAAGAUGGGAACCUGGACCAGUGGUGGAGCAAUUCCUCAAUCACCCACUUCAAUGAAAAAACACGGUGCAUGGUCGACCAGUACAACAACUACUACUGGAAUGAAGCAGGGCUAAAUGUCAGGGGGAAGAGAACGCUGGGAGAGAACAUUGCUGACAAUGGAGGGAUGAGGGAAUCUUUCAGGGCCUACAGGAGAUGGAUUGAGAAAGAGAGAGGAGGACUUGAGGAGCCUCUGUUACCUGGAGUGGGUCUGACCAAUAAUCAACUGUUCUUUCUCAGUUAUGCCCAUGUUCGCUGUAAUUCCUACAGACCAGAAGCUGCACGAGAUCAGAUCCAGAGUGGAGUUCACAGUCCUCCUAAAUAUAGGGUUAUUGGGGCAAUGAGCAACUAUGAGGAGUUCCGGAAAGCUUUUAGCUGCCCCGAGACAUCGGUCAUGAACAGGGGGGCGAAGUCCUGUCGGGUGUGGUAAACAAUCACACCACCAAACCUCCAAAUUUGAUCCCAGUCACUGCUUUCUGUGGAGAAACAACGGUUACUAUCACUGAACCUUUGGGCCGUGCUGACCACUGGGUGCCUGGCCUGUCUUCAGCCACUGGAAUACUGCAGACCACAGUGCCUACACAAAUGAAGGGCUUUCAUUUCUGACCUCAUUUAUCAUGUGCAAAUGCCGAAAUUCCUUUGAGACCUUCUUGUGGUUCAUCACUGUGUUGCAUACAACAUUCACACUGUCUCUUUAAGUGUAAAAAAUUAUUAUUGUACUUGUUCUUGAUAACAGUUUUAUUAUUAUAAAAACAUAAUAUUUCUUUUGUUUUAUUUUAUUAGAAACAACACUGUCUAUUCUGUAUGUAACAGUAAAUGACUGCUGUCCUGA